CGAAAAUCCUCUAGCCUGCCUCAGAUCACCAAGCACGCUCGGCCUUUCCUCAUUUGUCCCUGCGCCGACGUUGUUGUUGUCUAUUUUACGGCUCCUCGUCUGCCUAUGCCGCUGUCUUCGCCAUCGAUGCAUAAAUCUCAUUGUCCCUCGCGUCCCUUGCGUCACUCUGUAGAUUCCCUUUUUAACUUUCGUCCCAUCUUUCCGUCUCCGAGACCUUCCUUCCCUGUCCGAUCGCCCCGCUUUCGUUCCAUUCUCACAUCUCAAUCACUUCUGGCGCCUCGCAAGGAGGCGUUAAGGCUACAAUCUAACUUUCUGGCUGCGCUAAUCUCCAUUUCGGUGUCAUCUAUUCGUCCAAAAUCUUCUUCUCUUUGCAAUCUUUCUGUUUCUUCGGCUUUGUCAUUUUCCCCUUGCGUCGCUCAUCGUCUACAGCACUGCACACACGCACACAUUUACUGUCUGAUCGUCAACUGCCAGUCUAGGAUGCCAGCAGCCGGUAAAGCACCUAUGCUUUGGAAUAACACAUGAUAUUUUUGACCUCCCCUUCAUCCACGCCCUUCAUAAAAGCUUGGCCCUCGGCCUCCAGAGUAUAUAAGAAGGUCUUGAGACAUACCCAAGGCCACCAAAGAUCGCUCGGGAAAUUCUUUAUUUGAUAUCGCGCCAUUAUCAGUGCAAUACUGGGUCAAUUCAUGAUAUAAGUCCUCCAGGGAAACUAGUAGGGGCAUGGAUGGCCAUGGCCCAACGCGGAGGCAAAACGAGCCACGCCAAUAUGCAAGUUCGGGCGACAGAUUUGCGCCGUCACAAGACUCGGGGCGUAGCUUCUCAGAUGAGCUGGCUGCGAGACGUCGACAGCCAGCUGUCGCUGGCCCAGGCUCAUCGUCUCAGAGGAAUGCACUAUCAAACUACAGUUUCUAUGCUGCGCACGAACCUUCAUUUACCGCCGUAUCAUCAGUUGAUCAGAUGACAUAUCAGACCGAGUAUGCUCAGGAACCUCGUCAGCAGCAAACCAGUUAUGCUUCCUACGACUCAAACCUGACUUAUGGAAUGGGCCAACAGCCUCUGGGGGGGCUAAUGUAUGAGAGCUCUCAGCAAUUUAAUCAGCAACAAUCGGCUGCCGGCCAGGUACUAUCAAAUACCAAUCCUUUCUAUCCAACCGAGUCAAUGGCAAAUCAAAUUCACUCCGGCAUAUAUCCAGGACCUGCUGGCAGCAUUGGGUUGCCUCAAACACGUCAGGAAAGCACUGGUGGGCCAGAAAUUUCUGCGACUAUUGACCACGGAUAUCGACGGUGCAGCGCUGAUCUUGGUCAAAUAUUUCAAAAUAUUUCCGACGGCAGGCUCGCAGUGGCAGGCCAAUUGCUUUCAUCCUUUUCCGAAUGGCUAAUCUCUCACGUCGAAGAUAUGGAGCUCACUGUAGACGAUACGGCCCAGGAAGAAGUUCGCUCAAAAUUAUGGGACGAUUUCAAUAAUGCGUGGCUUGCGUUGAUGCACAAGCAAAUGACUUUAACAAGGGGAUUGCUCGAGGCUGGUAUCACUUUGCAGCAGCCACAGCUAAUGACAGCCGAAGUCAUCAGCAAAAUAUGCACCGACCUCCUCAAGUUAGAUGAUGAAUACCUUGAGAAGCAUGGUUUAAUAAACUAUCAAUAUGGAGUUUUAGAGGAUCAGAUAAUAGAGAGCGCGAUUAUAUGUUUGGAUAUUUUGGAAAAUUAUGGUUCACAGCAAGAAGGUUAAUUUUGUAGUUCUUGCGGAUGUUGUUGUUAUUGGGAUUCUGACUUUCGACACUGGGUUGGUGUCAAGUCCGGGCAUUUGAACCUUAGAAUUGAAGCACAACAGUUUUCCUUUGUAACAUCGGCAAUUUUUUUUGGGUACGCAAAUGUUUGAUUAUGGCAAUUGUUUUGAUAUUUAUUGUUACGACUCUUUCUGGAUAUUUUGGUCAGGAGGGGAUACAUGCACUGGUGGAAGGUGCUUCAUAAAAGACGGGAUGCCUAGGAAUAGCCCGUUUUCUUUCUUUAUUAUGUCAUAUAUACCUUGGUCUCACGGCCCUUCAGAUACUGCAGCUUAGAAAUAGACGGGGAAUAAUAAAUUGUUUAUCAACG